CCUCCUCCCUCCCUCCCUACCUGCUCGCUUGCCUGACUGUCGGCUCAGUCCGAUCACCUGGCACCACUUGCGGCACUCAGACAGUCUGUCAGCCGCACCGGAGGAACUGCACGCCGGUGAAGGCUGUGCUGGAGCUACGGAGAGCUCCGCGGAAGAAGUCUUCGCUGUUUGUUGGUGUCUUUAGUGUUCACGGAUGUUGGCGAACAUCGAUUGCACCUCUGACCGGCAUGGAGAGUCAGGGCAGCCGCUGUAAGAUUGUGGUAGUGGGCGACGCGCAGUGUGGCAAGACGGCGCUGCUACACGUUUUCGCCAAAGACUGCUACCCGGAGACGUAUGUACCAACCGUAUUCGAGAACUACACGGCCAGCUUUGAGAUUGACAAGCACCGCAUUGAGCUGAACAUGUGGGACACAUCAGGCUCCUCCUAUUACGACAACGUGAGGCCGCUGGCGUACCCCGACUCCGAUGCCGUCCUGAUCUGCUUUGACAUCAGCCGCCCCGAGACUCUGGACAGCGUCAUUAAAAAGUGGCAGGGGGAGACGCAGGAGUUUUGUCCCAACGCCAAAGUGGUGCUGGUGGGCUGUAAGCUGGACAUGAGGACAGACGUCAACACGCUGAGGGAACUCUCCAAGCAGCGUCUCAUCCCCGUCACCCAUGAGCAGGGCAGCACCAUUGCCCGGCAGAUGGGCGCCGCGGCCUACGCCGAGUGCACGUCCAAAGUGUCGGAGAACAGCGUGCGGGACGUGUUCCACGUCACCACGCUUGCGUCGGUGCGCCGGCCCCACAAGCCGCCGCUCAAGCGCAGCGCCUCCCGCCGGGCGCUCAAGCGCACAUCCCAGCUCCCCCUUCCGCCGCUGCCGGGCCGGAAUGAGCCCGCGGACCAAGCGCCCGUCCUGAGGAAGGACCGAGCCAAGAGCUGCGUGCUCAUGUAGAAACGAUAUGUGUACAGAAGUAUAUACCAGAGGACGCCUAUUUAUUAUUUUUUUGUUGCACUGCAGGAGAUGAAAAAUGAAGUUGCGCUGUGGGGAAUUGGCCUCUUUUUCGGUGUCAUUUCAUGUUGAGAAUAAGGCCUUAAGGUGACACACCAGGCACAAGGACGCUGCCGUAGUGGAAGUGUGGCGAGUCAAGAGGACAAGUAUCGUUCAGGAUCCGGAUGAUGAUGGUGAUUGU